CGCGCUUUGAUUUCACUUUGUCUCUGAACUUAUUUACUGGUUUUGGGCUUCCUGCGGGGAGGGUCGGACCCCACCGAGCCCCACAGACCCAGAGAAAUAUGGCGAAUCUACCGCGAGUCGUUUCAGGACUAAAUACUCACUCGCGUAUUUAUAACACAUGUCCGGUAUAAUAGUAUUAUCGCUUAUUUACGCAUUCAUUACACGGCCACAUUUCAAGGACAUAAUUAUACGUGACGUCACCUAAAUGCCACCACAUAUGCUCUCUAAUAUCCCUGCUCUGUCAAUAGAAACUUUUGCCCAUUUUUCAAAAUGGUGGCUGUCUUUGGUGAUUUUCUCGCGCGCCCAAUAACUCCUUCCAGCCACUUCUAGCGCCCAUUUCCGUCGUUUUUGGUGUGUGACAUCACUGAUUCUGAGCAAUCUGAUUGGCUGUUGCCUAACAAUCAGGGUUCCCACGGGACUCCUAUACCUCGGCGAGGUACCUCUGCUGCCACUGCACCCCUGGCGAAAGUUUAAGGUGGAUUUGUCGUCAUGUGGCCAUGGCAACAGCCGACUAGCUCCACCCACCCACACUACCCUUCGUCGUCCCUGACUUAUCAUCAUCCCCAGGCUCCCCAGCACAUCGUCUCCCCUCACACCCUCCCCCCUUCACAAUUUCCAGUUGCACAGCAUUAUCUCUAUCCCCCUGCAAACCCCGCUGGGGAUUUCCCCUUCUCCCCUCACCUCUCAGACCAGGUCCCCGUGGAUACAUGGGCGGAGUCUCGUCAGUCAUCUGUCCAAUCAGAUGCUCUCGCCCUUCCCUUCUCCUCCACCCUCCAGCCACGUGGGGAAAUCCACCUUCCCACACUUCAUCCCUCACAACAAGCCACACCCACUAAUGUUCAGCCGCCGCAGCUGUCCCCGCUCCCCCUCACACCCUCACACCCUCCCCCCUCUCACACCGUCACCCAAUCUCCAUUCUCAAUGGACUUCAUCCUCCGAGAACAUGCCACGCCCACCCCCAAUGGGGCGGAGCUGGCUCCACCCAUUGCUCAGUUCCAACCAACACCUACCGGACCGACGACUCCUGACCUUGGUGACCCCGUAGUUGCCGCCGGUUACCAGGCAGGAAUAGGCGAGGUAAUGUACCAGACUCCACCUCAGCCACACCCACAAAUUCCACACCCCCACACCCCGUCACCGCAGCUCCAGCCCUCUCUUCCUCAGGGGUACUCCCCCCGCCGAGAGCAACCAAGGGAAACAAACUGUGCCCUUUGACCCCACGAGUCACUAUGGCGACCAGUCCAAGAGAAGUCUUCCGGCAUUCCGGGGUGAGGAGGGCGUGGCCCCGUUUAGCCCCACCCCCGAUACUUCUCUUGACGACAUUCAGCCCUUUCAACUGCACUCUAAUUACUGCCCACCUCCAUCAGGGGAGGGAGGUAAUGGCGGAGUGGGGAGCGAGGCUCCUUACAGUCCUCCUGAAUUAAUCCCUGAACACCAAGGAGACAACCAAUCGGAUUGCUUGAAUCAGUCACGUGACAUCUGUCCUCCAGAAGACCACAGUGGUCCCUUACCCAUGGGGGGUGCGGAACCAAACUCACACCGGAACCCCAUGUUGGCAUACGAAUCUCCCCUGCUAGGGGGAGGGGGUGGGGAACCAAAACCAACCAAAGUGAACCGAAAUAUGUCUGAACAUUCUACGACUGUGAGGCCACACCCUCUGACCCCACCCACUCCAGGUAGUCAGGGGUUACAGAUAGACAUGAAGGAGAGUGUAGAAUUGGAUCGAGAGAUGAAAAGCUCUAGUAAACCAGACGUAGUUCCUCCCUCCCACCUCCCCCUCCGAAGGUCCGUCUCCCCCGGCGAUGAACUUGACAUCCGACCUUCUGCCCCGAGACCUCCUCCCCUCAUUAGGAGAGGUCGCGAAGGUCACAGCAGUGACGAAGAGGACGAUGUUUUUCUUCCUGCUCUCGCUCCUCAUCCCGCCCCCUCUCCCCCUCCUCCCCACACUCACUCGUUACCACAGGCACCACCUUACACGGUGGCCAGCAGAGAGAGUGAGGACGAGGACGAGGAAGAGACUGAGAAGAUGGAAACCGUGGCAACCACUCCAACAACGGGGUCAGGAAUCCUGGUAAUGAGACGAGGUCGAGCGAGGCACAAAACACUGGAUCACGACAAGUUGCAGCUGCCGUUCAAACAUGGCUGGCGUCGCAUAGUGAGGACACAUGUGGGAGUGGACCAGAUGAGAACAGACAUAUUCUACAUCACUCCCUGCAGCAGACGUCUGCGGACGUUCCCUGAGAUCCAGCGCUACCUGCAGACCAGAGGAAUUUCGGACCUUCCUCUUGACUGCUUCACCUUCAGUCGCAAACUGCAGCUCGGAGAGGUUCAGGACGACCAGGACGAGGGAGGCAUCAAGAUUAGUAGGCGUGGCCGGAAGAGAACCACGUCCCUAGCUACACCCACUUCAGCCGACGACACUAUUGCUGCCAUGACAACAAUGACAGGAGCUGACAUCACUCCAACUGUGAGGGCAAGAGGGAGGGGACGGGGUAGAGGAAGAGGAAGAGGCCGAGGGAGAGGGAGGGGGAGGGGGAGAGGGAGAGGGAAGAUGGUGCCAGCUGACUCGCUGAGUGGAGAUGCAGUGAGUUCAGUCUCCAUUGGCUAUCUUCCUCCUGCCACAGCUCAGCCAACCCAGGUCUUCGCCUCUUCCUCCAAUGACGCAACUGACCACACCCCCAACACACCGUGUCCCCAGUCAAUUCCACCUCCCCUCACUGGAACUGACAGUCUUCAUUCCAAUCCACCUCCCGGACCUUCUCCUCAUACAACUUCCCCUUCUGCAGCCACGCCCACUGGACGUGUGUUUAUCACCGUGCCGACAAGCUCUGCCCCUCAAUCAGUCAACCUUGAUCAACCUCCUCCUGCACUGAUUCCCAUUCCAGAGUCUCAGGGAUCUGGAACAGGGACUGGACAGAACGACGCAGGACCUGGCAAGACUCUGGCUCCGCCCACUAAACGAGGAAGGGGGCGUGGUCGAGGCAGGAUUGGUGGGCGUGGUCGAGGAGGAAGAACUGCACAAAUCACAAGUGGGGAUCUUGGUGAGGGUGUGGUGGUGAGGAAGAGAAGGGGGCGUGGCAGGGUAAGACUCUUCGUACACGACUCCACCUCCAGGAAUGUCACAGCCAGUGUGGUUGCCGGGGUAGCAGGGUCCAGUGCAAGAGUGAUAACAGGAGGAGAGGGAGAGGAUAGAGGAGCCUGGAAAAAGUUGCAAGAUGACAAGAGACGAGCGCUGGUCAUGAAGGCCAAGUCGGACCUCCUGCUGAAGAAGAGGUCGGAGGUCAAGAGAGCCAUCCUGACUCAGCGGAAGGUUGCUCAGCGUCAGAGGAGAGAGAGAGAGCGGGCCAUGAUGAGACAGGCCAGGGAAAGACAAGACAAGAUCAACCGACAGAAGGAAGUCGAGGAGCGGGAGUACAGACGUCAGCGAAUGGCGAGACAGAGAGAGACGGAGACAGAGAGGAAAGCCAAGGAGAGGACGCAUCGUCUGCUGGCUCACCUGCAACAACAGGAGUAUGACAGAGACCGCCGACUGUACCAGCACAGACUUGACCUGGAGAGAGCCCAGCAGCUGAAACGACCGACUGAGGACCUGCUGGUCGGCGACACCGUCUCUUUCCCUCCUCUCGGGAAACUGGCCUGGCUGAAACUGCCGUCCACUGCCUUCGCGGACCUCCUGAUGGUGUUUCAGUUCACCCAGUCCUUCAGAGAGUUCCUGGAGAUGGAGGCAGCCCCCAGCUUCCCCUCUCUCUUCUGCUCCCUCCAUAACCACGGGACAGAGGUCCUCUCUGACCUGUUUGUGCAGCUACUGAGGGCCGCUCUAUUUGACCCAGGCAGUAAUGCUCUGACCACUGCUGGUCAGCCAGUGACGGAGGUGGUGGUGACAAGGUUCACGUCCAGUGAGGUGGCGAGACUGUUCCUGCAGGAGAGGCUGAAUGAAGGAGUCAUGCCUCAUCUCUCUGAGGUGGUGGAAACACUGACCACACAGCCACUGGAGAGCCUGUGUCCGAGUCACAAGGUGCAGGUUCUUGCGGCGCUGGUGAACGAGAUCAUGGCCUCACCUGAUCUGUGCCGCGAGGUCGACAUCAGGAUGGAGCAAAUUGCCUCCUUCCGCAGGGAGAAGUGGAAAAUCAACCUCAAGUUGAAGAGAUUCCGUUCCAAGCUGAGUUCAGAGUAUGGAAUCGGGGCCAAGAAGAAGCCAAUCGUGUAUUGUGGGCGUGGUCGACCUCCUAAGAAGGCACUGAUGACUUAUGGACAAGAGGGAGGGGCCGAGGAGAGCAGUGGGGAAGAGGGGGAGGACCCUAGCGAUCAGCUUGAUGAGCAGAAGGCAGACGAAGAAUACAGCGACGAGGACUCCGACGAAGAGACUCCGACAGAGAGGGAAGGGCUGCAGAAGAGGAUUAGGUCUCUAAUGAAGAAACUGCAGUUCAUAAGGUCCUGUAUCCACAGACAGUCUCUGCAAGUGAGGCAGUUCCCAUUAGGUCAAGAUCGCUAUGCCAGGCAGUACUGGAACAUCCCUCAGUUGGCAGGAAUUCUGGUGGAGGGGAUCGAGACCAGUCUCCAUGGCAGCGGGCAGCUGGAUUAUGAGGUGGCCCCUUCUAAUGACGAUAAUCACAACUCGUCAACCAAUCAAAUCACUCCUACCGCUGAAGCCAUGCAAGAGGGGUCGUCACGACAACCACCUAUUUAUACCUCACCCCAAAAUGUGUCUCCUGCUGUUAAUCAAGUGAGUGGGGGUGUGGUCUCUCAGAAGGUGGGUGGAGUCUCAGGGGGUACUGUCUCUCCGGUGCUGGGUGUGGUCUCUCAGGAAGUGGGUGUGGUAUCUCUGGGAGUGGGUGUGGUCUCAAAAGAGGUUGAGAAACUGAAGAAAGACAUGACUGCAGUAUGGAGCAUGAGCAGUGAUGUCAGGUCGCCGUCAGCAACUGCCCCACCCACCGUCACUCCUCACAUCCCCACCCCAAGCACACCCUCACAGCCUCCCGAGUCUCAUUCCCAGACUGGUGGCAUGGAAUGGGAACCAAACUCUAAUAAACAAGACCCCGAGCCUUCAUCUAGUGCCAAUCAUCACACACUCAUUCCUUCACACCCUCCCUCUCCUCCUCAUGACAAGAGCCCUCCAGUUGCCACGACUACCACUAAUCCUGUUGCUAUGGAAACAGAGAAGACCCCUGACCCACAGACCAAUCAGCAAUCCACUUCAGACUCUGCAGCUGUUCCCAUGACAACCGAACAAAUCUCCACUCCGUGGUUCAGCUUAACCCCUCGCUCACCAUGCGAAACGAAACCCGCCGUCACCGUAGCAACCGCAGCACUCCAGAAUGGAAUCACCGAAGCCCAGUACCAGCUGGUUGCUACGACAACGGGUGGGCAACAGCUUCUGGCACAGGCCACACCCUCAGGGAUGAUGCAAUAUUACAUCACACCAUCGGGUGCCAUGGCAGCGGCUCCGACGCAGCAGUUACAGGUGGGGUAUGCUCUGGUGGGAAAUACACUGGUUCCUCAGCAGUACCUGACGGCCGCAGCAACUCCGCAGCAGCAGUUCAUAGUGUCCCAGGGAGGGGUGCAGUACCUGGUGGGGGGCGGGGCCAGCGGACUCCUCGGACUAGGGGGCAUGGCAGUCUUGCCUCAGACAGGGGGUGUGGCUAUCGGAGAGGGUGGGGCUUCAGUACAGACACUGGGAGAAGGGGGUGGGGCUGUUGUACUUGGUGGAGCAGGAGGGGUUGUGACUGGAGAUGAGGCUGCAAACACCACGACCAAAUCAGUGGGCGGAGUCAGGGCUGAGGAUGUGACCAAUCAUGUCGCUGCACUGACAGUUCCUCCUGGUGACGUCACUCCCAGUCAGACACAGGACACUGUUGCCAUGGAAGUCUCACCAGUUGUUAGUAAAGACACCAGUGUUCCAUUGAGUCAGGAGGAGGAGAGAGGUUCUGGUGGUCCAUUGAGGCCGCAGGAGGAGAGAGGUUCUGGUGAUACUGAUGAGAAGAAACAAGAGUUCAUUACUGCAGUCCUACCUGGACAAGACGGGACCUCACAGUACAUCAGUCUGCCAGCUGAUCCGAGGGUGUUGUCAGGGGAGUAUUCAUACGCAGUUCUCCAACAGCCAGACGGGAGCUCCCAGAUUGUCCUCAUGGAGAACAGCACCAUCAACUCUCAGACUCUCUCUCUGGAGUGCCCGCCAGCUGUCAUGAUGUGCAACAUCGCCGAGGCCGACCCUUUCAUUAUCGACAUCACCCUCAUGGUUGCAGAGCAACAGGUGACAGCCCCGCCCCCUCCUGCGGAGGUGAAGAAGAGAGAGAGAGCAAGACUUGUGCUUGCGGAGCUGCUUCAGGAGCAGGACCAAGAUCUGACACAAGGAUGGUGGUCCAUCACUGACCCUCAGGUUGUCGACAGAUUAAUGAGGUCACUCUCCCUGAGGGGGUACAGGGAGAAAGGUCUGUACAGGAAUCUGAACAAGCAGAAGGAGAUUGUGUGCUCUGGAAUGAAGACCGGACCAUUUGACGAGUUCAGAACUACAUUCCAGGGAAUGAUAGAAGGUUUGGUGAGGGGUGGGAAGGGGGAGGACGGGGAGAGGGUGAGGAGUGAGAAAAGUUCAAAGACAGACAGCGAGUCGCAGAGUUCGGAGGACAGCGGCUCAGAAUCCUCUGACGACAGCUCUUCGUCGACCAAUCACAAUCCUCCCGAUUGUCAUGUGACCAAGAUGGUCGCAAAGGUAACAACAGAAGCUGUGCAGCUGGCCAAUCAGAUUGCAGAUCUGGAGGUGUACGACCCAGCGUACCCGGAGAUGACACUCUCUGCAGCUCUCUCUCUCUUCUGCUCCAUCAUGAGGAUGAAAGACAGACUUCAUGAGGCGCAGCUGCUGCAAGAGUGGGAGCACCCUGCGGUGACAGUGGAGGAGGUCAAAGGUUACGAGGAGCCGCUGCGGUAUAUUGGGCAGUUCCUGUUGCUGGUGGAGCAGAGUCUGCGGAGGAGCUACCUCCGACCUCCGCUCAGAGACAAGAAGUACAUCUCAAAAUCUCCACCACCACUCCCGAGAUCUAGUGGGCGUGGCCGACCGUCAAAGGAGCCCGAGGCCCCGCCCACCCAGACCCAGGAAGAGCCGACUGAUUACCUCAUCAACUGGCAGGGAGCCGUCUCCAUGGUAACAUCGGCCUCCCAGCUGGCGGUGUUGGCGGGGCAACUGAACAGCUGCGUGGCCUGGGAGAACAGUCCCAGUAAAGUGGUGAGAUAAUACACCGUUACCUUGGGGACAUUGACAUUCAGAGGAGUGUCUUAGUCAGAGAUUACUGUAGUAUGGUGCAGAAGAGAGACAAUAAUGAUUUGUUUAUUGACCCCUGCUGAAUGUGUCUGCAGUACUGCCAGGAGUGUCACAGUGCUGAGAAUGAAAACCUCCUGUUGCUAUGCGACGGCUGUGACAAGGGAACACACACCUACUGCUGCAAGGUAAGCCCCGCUCAUCUUGUCUCUCUCUCCCCUCAUCUUGUCUCUCUCUCCCCUCAUCUUGUCUCUCUCCCUCCACAGCCUAAACUGACAACCAUUCCAAAGGGAGACUGGUACUGUCGUUUCUGUUCCACCAACAAAUCUCGGUACAGAUCCUGUGCUAUAUGUGACAGAUCUAGAGGAGAGCUCCUCCACUGCUCUCGCUGUCCCAAGGCCUACCACAAACGCUGCCUCACUCCCCCACUCUCCAGAAAGCCGUCGGGGGUGUGGCUGUGUGCCACUUGUCGACGCAAGUCGGCACAGAAACAGCAGACUCCGCCCAUCUCAACCCCCUCGCCUUCUACCAAUCACAUCACCUCUCGCAAGAGAAAGUGAGAAUUGUUCAUACCAUAACUCAUAAGAAAGCUGAAACUUGCGAUCACAUGAGUGUCACGUGACCUGUCAGGGAGGAUCUGGAGGUGUGUCAUGUGAUCCUGGGGGAGCUGGAGGCCCACAGAGACAGCUGGCCGUUCCUGGAGCCCGUGGACAGAGCAAAGCUCCCCGAGUACUUCAGAGUGGUCAAGAAACCAAUGGACUUUCAGACCAUUCGCUGCAAACUCAGAGAUGGCAGGUAUUCCUGUCGCGAGGCUUUUGCCAGUGACUCGCGACUCGUGUUUUCAAACUGUCUUUUCUACAACGAGGACCAAUCAAAAGUAAGCUGCAAAUUCUGCCGAAACUGAACUACAUUUGAAUCUUCAAUAAUUGUCAUCCCCACAGAUUGGAAUGGCAGGUCAUUCAAUGAAAAACUUUUUUGAGAAGCGAUGGUCAGAGUUAAAUAGAUAGCUAACCCACUAGUUUCCUUUUUUUCCCCGUUGUGGUUCAUCGUCUUUUUUCUUUGCACGCUGCUCAAUCAUGCUUUAUUCUGACAUUGAAUUAUAUUAUAAUUUU